CUUGACUGUCUUCCCAUGUUUUCUCUGUCACCGCAACUCAAAACUUGUGAGAAUGUUGUGCCUCCAGAAGAACCUGUGGGAUUAAAGAACAAAUCAGCUGUGAGAUUGAAGGAGGACAUGAAAAAGAUAGCUGUGCUUCCACUGAACAAGCAGAGGGACACGGCCUGUCCAAAGGUGUUUGGUGUGAGCCUCCUGGAGCUCCAGCAGCAGGGACUGAGCAAAAAUGGAAUCCCAAUAGUUGUGUGGAAUAUAGUCGAGUACCUCACCCAGCAUGGUAUGACACAGGAAGGUCUCUUCAGGGUGAACGGCAGCAUGAAAAUGGUGGAGCAGCUGCGUCUGCAGUACGAGCGUGGGGAAGAGGUGGAACUCGUUAAAGAUGGUGAUGUGUACUCAGCAGCCAGUCUGCUGAAACUGUUCUUGAGAGAGUUGCCAGAUGGGAUUAUCACGUCUGCCUUACAUCCCAGGUUCAUCCAGCUUUACCAGGACUCUAGAAAUGACAUGCAGAAGGAAAGUUAUUUGAAAGAACUCCUUAAAGAACUGCCUGAUGCUCAUUACUGCCUGCUGAAGUACCUGUGCCAGUUCCUGAUAAAAGUUGCUGAACAUCACGUAGAGAACAGGAUGAAUCUUUGCAAUCUUGCCACUGUAUUUGGACCAAACUGCUUUCAUGUGCCCUCUGGAUUUGAAGGGAUAAAAGAACAGGAGAUCUGCAACAGGAUAAUGACAAAAAUGCUGGAAAAUUACAAUACUUUGUUUGAAUUAGAAGGCUUGAAGAAGGAUGAAGAAAAGCCUGUAUGUGAAGAGCUAGCAAGAAUAAUUUUGGUAAAAAUGACCAAACCCCCAACGGAACGACCCAACCAAACGUGCCUAUUGCCACAACCAGGCCAGUCAGACGGAAUACCUCGAGUCAGCCUCCAAUUAACAGACAGUGGUUCACGUGGGAAGGAGAUGGACUUAGCAGAUGAAAUCUCCUUCGUUAACAAUGAUGUGUUUUUCUCCAGCUCCCAAGAAGAUGAGCGGCCCAUGUCACCCUUCUAUGUGAGUGCUCACGUAUCACAAGUCAGUAGCAAUGUUCCUGCUACAGGAGAGUAUUUAGAGAAGACAAUCCGCUCAGCCGUGGAGCAGCAUCUCUUUGAUGUUCAUGGCUCAGGCGGCCAGAGUUCAGAGGACUCUGAAUCGGGGACAUCUUCAGCCUCUUCUAAUGUGUCUGCCAGGCAGAGGAGGCGACACCACAAAGAGCAGGAGGAAGCCCGGAGAAACAGAGACAUGGAAGUUGUCAACAAAGAAAACAUUCCCUCUGGAUUCAGCAGUCUUGAAGAUUGUAUUCUAGCUGCUCAAGAUGUAGAAAAAUUACAAGACACCGGCUCUGGAUACCUUAGUGAAAGGAAUAAAUCAAAACGGCAGAAAUCCAGCACUAAGCUUUCAGAGCUUAAUGACAACCAGGACAGUCCUGUGAGUAUGGAAAGCUUUAGCUCAUCCAAGCCUAUAGACAGAACAGGACCUGAUGACAUGGAAAUUUUAUCUGAAGAAAGCAAAGAAAGUGAAAACGAUGAGGUUUUUUUCAGGCAUUCUCAGCUGACUUCAAGUAUGAAGAUUCAAGAACAUCCAAGCAUGCCUGAAAACAAGUUGCAAAGAAAUCAAGAUGCUGAUGAUCAGGAAAACAGCUUUGUAUCUGAAGUGCCUCGGCUGGAUUUAACAUCAUUGUGUGAUGACAACAACUGGGAAGAGCCCAUCCCUGCUCUCUCCUCAUGGCAGCGAGACAGCUUAGACUCAGAUGAGGCUCGCCUUUCCCCGCAGGCCGGGCGCUUGAUUCGCCAGCUUCUGGAUGAGGACAGCGAUCCAAUGCUGUCCCCUCGCUUCUAUGCCUAUGGGCAGAGCCAGCAGUACCUGGAUGAUACGGAAGUGCCUCCUUCUCCUCCCAAUUCUCAUUCCUUCAUGAGGAGACGGAGUUCGUCUUUAGGAUCUUAUGAAGAUGACAGAGAAGACCUUACCCCUGCACAACUCACCCGGAGGAUUCAGGGGCUGAAGAAAAAGAUCAGGAGAUUUGAGGACAAAUUUGAAGAGGAGAGGAAAUACAGACCCUCCCACAGCGACAAAGCAGCCAACCCUGAAGUGCUCAAAUGGACAAAUGAUUUGGCCAAAUUCCGAAAGCAGCUUAAAGAGACAAAACUGAAGAUAUCAGAGGAAGACCUUGGCCCUGUUGUGCGUCAGCGCAGCAACACACUCCCCAAGAGCUUCGGCUCUCAGCUGGAGAAGGAGGAUGACAAGAAGCAAGAGCUGUCAGAUAAAUCUGCCAAGCCUGCUGUGGAAGUGACCCUUGACUCCAUCCAGAAGAAGCUUCAAGAGAAACGAGCAGAGACAAAUCGACCUGAAGACAUUAAGGACAUGACAAGAGAUCAGAUAGCAGCUGAAAAAGUGGCUCUUCAAAAAGCUUUGCUGUAUUACGAAGGCAUUCAUGGCAGACCGGUUACCAAAAAUGAACGGCAGGUGAUGAAGCCGUUGUAUGACAGGUAUCGCUUGGUCAAACAGAUCCUCUCCAGAGCCAACACCAUCCCUAUUAUUGGUUCCCCCUCCAGCAAGCGGAGAAGCCCUUUGCUGCAGCCAAUUAUCGAGGGCGAAACAGCUUCCUUCUUCAAGGAGAUAAAGGAGGAAGAGGAGGGGUCUGAGGAGGACAGCAGUGUGAAACCGGAUUUCACAAUUACCAUGAGGACAGAUUUCAGCGUGCGCAGCUUCUUGGAUCAACUCGAAGAUGAUGCUGACGGCUUUGUUUCCCCGGUGGAUGAUAAGAUGCCAUCUAGGAGCAGUCAGGAUAUGGGGCUUUCAAAUCUCCAUGAAGCAUCCAUCCCUGAACUGUUAGAGCAGCUCCAGGAAGUCAGGGAAGAGAAAAAGCGAAUCAGAAAAAAAUUGAGAGACUUUGAAGAUAACUUUUUCCGACAAAAUGGAAGGAAUGUGCAGAAAGAAGACCGUACUCCCAUGGCUGAAGAAUACAAUGAAUACAAGCAGGUUAAGGCCAAGCUGAGGCUGCUGGAAGUCCUGAUCAGUAAGAGAGAUAUUAGCUCCAAGAUCAUGUAAAGGAGGAGAUUGUUUUUGCCAAUAAACAAAGAGGAGAGAGCACCAAAUGGACAAAUGCAUGAAGUGGAUGCAGCGGGAACCUGACUGGGGAGAGCUGAGGAGCUCCCUGAGAACUGAAGGGUCAUUCCCAGAGGUGGGAGAGGGAGGAAAGGUGGAUUUCUGUCACUCUCUACAUUUGCUGUUGCCCACUCUUUCUCCAGGCCUGAUGCCCAAAAUGGAGUUUGCCAGUGUAGGAGGCACAACACUGCUCAGUGACUGCACUGAAGGGAUCCUUCUGGAUGAUUUGCUUACAGAUCCUGUAAUAUUUAGAAUAUCAAAGCCAGCCAUGCUAUUCUUUUAUUUUUCCCCCCAGGAUAUUAUAUCAAGAGGCAAAAUAGGAUUAAUAGUAAUGAAAUCAUCAAAUAGCUUCUACUUUAGUUGAACAGACAAGUGCCCUGACCGAUCUCACGUGAAGGUACAGGUCAGACCAGCACCAAGACUGUUCUCUUGUAGCUGCAGUAAAGAUUUGCCCAGGUUUUUGACCUGACUGCUUGGAGUCCAGCAUCUUCUGUUGCUCUAGAGAAAUGCUGUAAGAAUCUCCUGGUCAUCAGCCAGAGCUGGUGUGAGUUGCAGUUUGGCGCAGGCUUGAGUUGGGUUUUCUUCCCACUUUUUUGAUGGCAAAUCCAACCGAAGUAGAAGGAAGUACCUGCAUGUUUGGGGUAGUAAAAAAAAAUGAGCCAUGCAUCCAGGUUCUUAUCAGCUUGUUCUGCUUGAAGGGUGAUACUUAGACCUUCUGACUAUGUUUGGGCAAUAGGGAAGAGAAGACGUUUUAAAAGCUUUAAGUCAGAAUCCCUUGGGAUUUUGGUGGUUGGGUAAAUACCUGGUGUCAAAUAUGUGGCAGGUAUCUGGAAGACACCCCCCUCCCCCCCCCAUUAUCACAUGUGCUUCAUCAUGAUACAGACACCUGAGCCCAAGCUGAACAGUCCACACGGGUGUCCCACAAACUCACACACCUACAUUUUCUUCUUUCUUGCACAUCAGCCCUGUGUGGGCUGCAGCAGCAACACUGAUGGUGGCAGCUUUUCUUCCCAGUGCAGGAGGUAUUAGCAGCACAGAGGAGACUGCAGGGAACUGAGAGCAUGGAGCCAUGCUCUGCCUGGGGAAAGGGCCCCUGUCUCAAAUGCAAGUUUUGGCAAUGCAGUGUUUUCAAAUUGGUUAUGGCUUUCAGGAAAGAAAGUCUGGGGACACUUGAUUCAGGUGCACAUGUCAAACAGGUGCUGCCUGAUGGAGGGAAAGGCCCUGAGUUUAGGGACACCGAGUUUAGGGACACCAGGUUUAGGGACACCAAGUCACUGAGGGCUCACAGUUCUGCCGUCCUGGGACACCCGGGCUCACUCUCCUGCUCCAGAGGUUUGUGUGCACCCCUUGGUCUGCCCUGAGCCAGGCUCCACCCUGAUACCCAAGGGAGGGCACUUCUGUAAUGUUUUCUUCAGCUCCCCAGGGGAUCACUGCCAGUGUGCAGAAGCCAAAUAGCCAAGAUGGAACCCGGUGUUGAUUGUAGCCAGGCCUCAUGCAUGCCGCACCAGAGGAGCCAAGAGGACUCCCAGAACAACUUCUCCCCCUUCCUUCUUUAUUAAGGGCAAGUGGGCUCACAAAUAGUUGGUUUUGGGUUGUGGUACUUAGAUUUAUCCCCUUUCACUUGCCAUGUGUGCUGUGUGUGUUCUUGCCAAAACUGCUGCUGUUUUGGUCUCUUCAGGAUCCCUUGAACUCUUCCAAAGGUGGCCGUGGACUGCAUGUGCCCAUUGCUAGUCAGGGUGGGUAAGGCAGAGAUGUGUGUUAGUGAAAGCACUUGGGACGAGGACUCACAACUUGGUUUGGUUUUUUUAUUGAUUUGCAGAAUUGCCUGUUCCAUAUAAAACCAGCGAAGACUGAAUUUUGUAUUUCCAGACAGUCUGGAGGACUUGUGUUCUGACCUGGGGCUUGGCUUUUCAGAGGUACUGAGUUCCUGUCUCCUGAGACAGGAUCUCCUCUGAUCCUUGGGGUGUGUUAACUGGGCUGACAGAUUGGCUGAAAAAGUGCUUUGAAGGGAAGCCUGACCAGGGUAAACCCCUGUCCCACCCCAGGGCAGGCCAGGAAGCCAGAGCUGUGCCUUUGCCUGCUCCUGUGGGCUCUUCCUCUCAUUGUCAACUCUCUGUAGUUAUUUUAGUGAAAGCAGCUGAGCCAAGCUGGCUGCAGUGUCACUCUGCUGGUGGAAGUGUGGGAUGAGAAAGAAUGCUGGGUUACCAAAAGGUCCUUAGCACUGGCUCAUUUUUAUAUUGUUCAGGCCCAGUUCAGCAAAGCAAAAGCCUGGAGGGUGAGUGUGUACCUCAAGCUGGCCUGCCUUUGGGAUGUGGCUGAAUUACAAUGGAGUAAAGCCUGUUUGCUUUGCUGCAUCUGGGCCUGGACACCUUUAAAUGAAUGCAAAAAGCAAUGUCUGCCCUUUUUCAUAAUCAUGCAUUUUUUCAGUGGGCCAAGGCUUCCCAGGAGUAUGUUUUCUCUGCUUAUUUUUAAAGCCUGUUUGCACUGUGUACUGAUAAAUUAUCUGUUUUGCUGGGUUUUUCCCCUGACAAAUCUUGAUAAAUGAUAUGUAGGGAACAGUUCAUUUUAUUUUUAAACUGAUGAGAUUGUAGCAUUUUCUGAUGCUUAGUUACUGCUGUUUACAUGGUAUAUUGCUAGAAUUUCAGAUAGUUUCUAUGAAAUGUAAGUACAGUUAUGCACUUUAGAGAGUUUAUAUUUUUGAACUUUGAAAACUAAAAGUAACAAAACCUAUUAAUGGAGACUGUACAUUAAAAAAAAAAAAAAAAAGAAAAAAAGAAACACACCUAGCCAUCUCUCUUUUUGAACUGGUCUUUUCAAGUCCUUCCCAGUGGCAAAAGAAAGCCAAACUUCAACUGCCUUGUUGUAAAGGGAACUGCUAGAAAAGAUUAGAGAGAAGUGAAUUUUAAAAUUCCAGUCCUGGAAAGACAUGUACAAAUGGUGAACUUUGUUCUGGGUCUGCAGAUGCUGUGACUCCCCUCUCCCAAACCUGCACAGGAGGAGGACUCCUGAGCACUAAAACGUUGUCUUUGUAUCUCCCACAGAUGAUUUGACUUCCCACUGACCACUAAUAGCCAGAAAUUAUGUUUGCCCCACCACACCAAGUCAAUUCAAGCAACAGCUGUGCAUUUUGUUUGAUGAUUUGUCUGUGCCAACAUCAGUGAUUAUUGACUGGAGAACAUUAAAUACAAGACUGUGCUUUUUAAAAGGUGUGAAGUACUGUACAAAAUUGUACUUUAGUGAUAUAAAUAAGCUAUUUAGUGUAAGACAACCUUUUUCCAUGUCACUAGAACAAGCUGUCUGCUGUAGGAUGGCAGUAGGUUCUGUUGGGCUUCCCCUGCCCAGGGGCCAUCUGGGACACGUGUCUGUGUUGCCACACUGUGGUAUAAUAAAUCAUUAUAAUGUAAAUGUUGGCCAUGAAUGGGUUGUGCACAAAGUGAGAUUGCAGGAGUGAAAGGUAGAGGGGAAACUUGUCAUUCUUUGGUUUUAUUCUGUUUACUGCUGAGUAAACAUUUGAAUAAUGGAUGUUUCUGUUAAAAGCAGUGAAAUUAAAGCAUUUUUCUUUUAAUCAUUCUGCUGAUACAUCAGUUGUUAUUCCUGGUGUGUGCAAGUUUCAGAGGGUAAGUGCUGCCAGCCAUCCUCUAGCCUGAGGCACUAUCUUUGGAGCUGGGAUUGACAAAUCAGGGAUUGACUGUUGCUGCUGAGAUGAGCAACCAGACCAAAAUUGCUACAGGUUAAGUCAAAAAAAUGUUUGCAGUGAGUCCAAUACCUGGAGAAGUACAAAGUAACCCACAGUUGGGCGAAGGGGACUAAGUGGGGCAUAAUUAAUUGCACUAACAGUCAGAGCUUGCAGCAUCUAUAUCCUAGAGGGACAAGCACAGAUAACACCAUGAGGGCAAGCCCGGCUGAUGGCUGAGCAGGAUCUCCUGGGCUCCUCCUGUUUUUCCCUGAGGUGUUGACUAAGGUUGUGUUGCCUUUGACUGUCACAGCAGGUGGGGUCGGAGGCCCUUUGCUUGGGGUGCAAGACACAGGACUUGGCUGAGAGUCCAAACUGGACAGCCCACCCCAGACCUCCACUGCAUGUCUUGGUGCCCCACAUUUAGAAGAUUCAUGGGAAACUUGAAGCUCUUGUCCUUGGAGAUUGGAGUGGGUUGACAUCUCCAGCUCUGGGAGGGGGCAGACAAGUCUCACGAACCUGCAUGGUCACUCACAGCAUGGAGAGUGGAACACUUGCUGGACCUUGGAUGGUCAGCAAGUAUAUGAUCCUUGUGCUUCCCUUUGGACACCUGCAUGCAGGGAACUGUCUCCUAGAAUAAUGGAUAUGUAUAUACAUCAAACAAUACAUAAUUUUGCAAAUACCUUGGUGUAUAGCAAAUAUUUGGGUUGGCUGAGUGCAGAAGCCAGUACCAGGGUGGGUGUGGGGGCCUGACUGAAAGAAAAAAAGUGUUAAUAAUCACUUUUCUUCAGACUGCAUUUGCUGUACAAAAGCAACUUGGGAAUGCCAUCAUGCAGCCAGUGCAUUCCUCAGCUAAUGCCACCUCAGUGACUCUGGGCUCGGGUCUCUGUUUACAUGAUUUAUGUAAGCAACUUCAAACUGAAUCUGUGGUGUCCUUUUUAACAUAAAUGGAUUGAAAAACA